CAAGCGAAACCUCAGCAGCCAUUAGAAUCCGUUAAUUUACAUGGCAGUUGCUUCGAGACUUCCGAGAGAAAUAAUACAAGUUAGUGAAAUCGUUGUUAUCGUGUUCGAAAUCUUUGUUCUCCGGUGGAUUUGAUCUUGAUCAAAAGUGAAACUUUUGUUGCUUCCUUAAUAAUUAUUCUUGCAUAAGCUGGUACUAUAAAAAAGAUUUUAGAAACAUAAAAAAGGGUUAUAACAUCAUCAUUAAAUCAGCAAAUGAAAUUGCAACAGCUCUUUUAAAUAAAGAUUUCGAAAAUGUAGAGGAUAAUGCGAGAUGCCUUGAUUCUGAAGAUAAUCGAGACAAUCAAUUGCAAGGUAUGGCUGAAAGUAGUACUGUAGUAGCUUCGGAUAGUCCUGCGAUGUUAUUAUCAACCACAAAGAAUAUAGACGUGCGCUAUACAUAUGAGAAAUAUACAGAAGAGGGUAAUUUCAAGAAGCGAGACGUGGAAGACGAUAUUUAUCAAAUACCAUAUGGUUGUUAUUUUGAAGACAUGCUGGACGUGGAACGUAAAAAGGAUGAACUGGCUCCGAAGUUAUCUUCUCAUUUUCUGCGCGAAAAUGUAAAUGCAGAACGGAGGAAAGUCAUCGUGCAGUAUUUGAUUCGUAUUGGUGUACACUGUAAUUACUCAUCACACAUCAUUCACCAGACUAUAAGGCUGUUUGACGUCAUUAUACAUAGAAUUUCGGUGGAGACAGGUAAUAUACAGUUAAUUGCGCUAGCGUGUCUCUGGAUAAGUCUGAAGAAAGAAGCAACUAUUAACAAUGUGCCAUCGGCAACAACGAUACUAUAGCUGGCAAUGGAUAUGUACACUGUACAGGAAAAACAAUUGUUAAUAUAUGAAAGAAAGAUUCUCUUGAAUGUUAACUUCAACAUAAUUUUUGCCGAUCCGUUCUCGUUGCUUUCUUAUUACAUAUGGUAUUUAAAUCAAGAUGACGAAAAUCAGACGAUAAAUUCACAGGAUACUAUAUGCUCAUCUACUUUUGCGGUAGUUAUUUGCUCAACGUAGCUAUGCUAGAUGAACAUUUAUGUAACAUCUCGAACUUCAUGUUGGCCAUAGCUGCUGCAGAACUAUCUCUAAAUGUUUUAUAUUUAAAUGACUUUGAUACGGAACGAACGUGGUGUCAAAGGUGGAGAAAAACAAUUAGAAUUACAGAAUGGGAAGAAAGACUGAUACAUUUUGCCAAGCAAAACAUGAUACAUCAAGUUUUAGAAUCGAAUAAAGAAUGUGAUUGGAAUGUUGUAUACAAAAAAUAUUCCCGAAGUAAUCAUGGAAGAGUCUCAAACUUCGUUAUUAGGAGAAUUCAAAUCCUUUCACAGAAAAGAUAAAUUUAUUAUUUUAUAUUUUAUAUACUAUUUUAUGUUUUAACCAUUAUUAUUUUUAUAUAUUUUAUAUUUUAUAUGAACGAAUUUAUAUUGUAUAUUAAUCAAGUUUGUGUACAAGAAAUCUUCUCUCUUAAUUAAAAUUAUCUUAAGUAAAUCUGAAA